AAGUUGGUGACACCCUAAUCGAAUUCACCUUGUUCGUCCAUAUUCGAACGCAUCAAAUUAAACCCCGCCUUAAACCCUGGCCGCACUCUCUCCUACAUCUCCUUUUCCGUUAAUGGCAGACCUCUACAGAUGAAGACGAAAUGAGACUGAUUCGUAGUGUUUGUCGAUCUGCUAAUGUCGGCUUCUCUCUUCGGUUUCAAUGGCGUCAAGAUACCACAAUUUCAAGUGCUUCUCUGCAUUCGGGGCAUGGGUCAAGGAUACUGAGAUGUGAUCGAUUAUAUGCUUCUGCUUCUUCUGCAACUAGUGUGCUGGAAGACAGAAAAUCCCGCAAAAGACCCUCAAAGAAUGACCGCAGAGCUAUGGUGGAAACCUUUGUUAACGAGUACAGAAUAACAAACGAUGGGAAGUUUCCAACACUUUCUCAUACUAUAAAAGAAGUUGGUGGCGGUUACUAUUAUGUCAGGCAGAUCGUGCAGGAAAUGUUAUAUAAUUCCAAACAAUCCUCUGAUUCUAAGUACGUCUCCAUGGGAAAAAGUGCAACGAAAAAGAAUGAGAUGGCAUAUAAUUCCAGGAAUGCCAUAGAUUUUAAAGACAUUAACUUGGAAAAAAGCAUGACUGAAAAUAAUGAGAUAUUAUGCAAUUCCAAAGAACGACCCAUGGAUACUAAGGACACUUCCUUGGAGAAAAGCGCCACGAAAGAAGAUAAGAUAUUCACUAAGUUUGAAGAGGUUCCUCAAGCCAAGGAGGAGCUAGGUGAAGAUACCAGACCCAUCUUGGAGUAUGUUGAGAAUUCCAGUUCCAUGACCUUUCAAUCAAAGCAAGACCAAUUUGUUUCAGUUGAGAUUGAUGAACCAAAAGAUGUGGGAGCUCAAUUUCACCACCUGAUUGACAAACCUGAAAGUAGCCGGAACCCGGAUUAUGUAAAGGAACAUGAGAUACUUCAAGACAAGGUGCUGUCCGAUGCUUUAGAACACAAGGCUUGGCCAGUGGAGUCCGCAGAAAUAUCUGGAAGGCGGCUGCAAGAAGAGCCUCACAACUAUGCAGAAUCUCAAAGGAAAUCCUCGGUGUGGAAUAACUUAAAGUCUUUUGCAAAUGGAAUUUUGAGCAUAUGGAAGAGAUCUUGAUUGUACAAGAAUUUGAGGUUUUACAUCUUCCUGUGUGCAUAGUUUUUACUCGUUGGUUAUCAGAAAUUGAAGUUUAGGUUAUUCCAUUCAACAGUAAUGCUUUGCAUUUUAGAUAGCGGCACGGGCAGGUGAUUUAGUAAAUACAUGGGCGAGAUUUGUUACGAGUAGGAGAUUUAUUACGAGUAGGAGAAUAUUUUGUUUCAAGAUCGUCAUGGCAGCAGAGGAAAGGAAGUUGGUUGUCCAAAAUUUCUGGCAUGAAAUCGGAGCACUGCGAAGGUCUCAGACAUAAAAAGUAUGCAUUUAAAUAAGCUUUCUCAACUUUGCAUGCAGUUUGUGCAACUCCUUCCUGUUUGCUGCGUCGACAUUAUAGAAGGUAUGCGCUGCUCCUGAAAAUCGAUUAGAUUUAUGUUUCACUGUAGACUAAAAUCAUUCCCAAAAAUCUCCCUUUUGAAUUCUAGAAAUAGAAAUUAGUUUUAGUGUGUUUUGGUUUCAGAUAUAAAUUUUCGUAGAGGAGAUUAUGAGAAAUAGCAAUUUUAUGUCGUUUUUGAA